UCUCUGCCCGGGCGGGGUGGGGACGGAGCGGCGGCGGCGGCGGCGAUGGACCUGGAUGCGGAGUGGACGGAGCGCGAGUUCCAGCAGAUGGUGAAGGCUAUCGGCGGCAGGGAGAGCAUCUUCCUGAUCGGGGAGGUGUGCGACAGCAGGGACUUGAUGUUCCAGUUUGUCAAUAACAUGUUCCCGCGACAUGGGAAAGUUUGCAGCAGAGUAGCGGAGCCGCGCUGCGAGGAGCCCAAGUCCGAGUGUGGGCUCGAACGUGAGAGUGAAAACUUACUCGACCCCUCCGCGAAAGUGACACAGAUUGUUAACGGGAACAAGGAGCAGAGAAUGAUCAACGCCAGGUUAAUUAUCUUCCUCUUCCACCAAGACUUUAUCUGUGACAAGCUGAACGACCUGGUGAUCCGAGAGCUGCUGAAGGACGUGCGGUUGCGGUGCGGUUCAUGGAAGGAGCUGCCCGCGCUCAUUGGGGUGGUGCACGCCGACUCUGCCAGCGGACAGCUCGGCAUCGCCGUCCGCCUCGUCGAGUAUUACCUGCGGACUAUCUUCCACCGGCAACCCGGCGAGUGUGUGCAGGCACUGCCCUUCAUCUCCAACCAGCCCGACUCUAUGCUGGAGCUGAAAAAGACCACCUGUGUUGUUCUCCGAGCUGUGUCGGGCGUCACAGAAGAUGUAAAGAAAAGAAGACAGACGUGUUUUCCUGAAUUUUUUUGCUUCUUGGGGAACACCAGAAGACGUAGAGAAGACAGGGAUGUCGAUAACAUCCGGAAUAGUAUAGAAAAAGAAGGAAUAUCGAAGGAUGCUGAGAAAGAUUUUGCUUCACAACAAUUGACAGUGGGGUCACACAUGACUGAUGUUUGUAAAAGUGACCUGCAGAUCAACUCCAAUGGAAAUAAUGAACUGAAUAUAGAAACUGAAGUUUAAAUCACUUUUUCUACGCAUUUAUUACAAAGUGAUAGAACCUUCUGAGAAAAGCAAAUUAAAUAGUUGUUUUUCCAUUUCCAUGAGGUUUUUUCAUUGUACUAGUUGGGAAGAGUUGGUAUUCCAGAACAUUGUGAAAAAAUAUUAUGAAUAUUCAGAUCACGCAUUUAAAUAACAUGAUAUUUGCAUUCAAUUUUUAAGAUUUUUAAUUCACUAUAAUCCAAUGACAAAAAAAUAGGUGAAGAACCUAAUGAUAAUCUACCCAACAGCCAUUUGAAUUAAGUGUUCAAGAAGGAACUGCAGAUGCUGGAAAAUCGAAGGUAUACAAAAUUGCUGGAGAAACUCAGCGGGUGCAGCAGCAUCUAUGGAGC